CUUUUUUUUUUUCCAAUUGGCGGAUUGGCAAAAUUUUAGCGAUAAGUGACAUUAUAGUAAUUUUAAAAGAAGUAUUUAUCAUUUAUCAGAAUAUGGCAGAAUCAUCUAAUUCUUCACCUAAAGAGGAUACCGAACUUACUAUGUGUGAUGUUUUACAAGAAGAACAAGAGUUAGAAGAGGAUGCAAACGCUGUUUUGGGAGGGAGUGAUGACACAAACUGUUCUUACGAUAAAGGUUAUGUUUCGCGGCAAGCUUUAUAUGCUUGUACAACUUGUUCUGUAAAUGAUGAACCCGGUGGAAUUUGUUUGGCAUGUUGCUAUGCUUGUCAUGAUGGUCACGAAGUUGUUGAAUUGUACACUAAAAGAAAUUUUAGAUGUGACUGCGGGAACAGCAAGUUUCCUGGCAAAACAUGUACUUUAAGACCUGAGAAGGAUCCUUUAAACUUGAAAAAUAAGUACAACCAAAAUUUUAGAGGUUUAUAUUGUAAUUGCAGUAGACCUUAUCCUGAUUUAGAGGAUGAUACUGCAGAUGAAAUGAUACAAUGUGUGAUGUGUGAAGAUUGGUACCACGGCAGACAUCUUGGGUGUGAAAUUCCCGAUGAUUAUUUUGAAAUGAUAUGUGGUAAAUGCAUGGAAACUCAUAAAUUUUUAUAUACAUAUCUUAAUAAUUUUCAGAAUAUUAAAGUGUGUGAUGAUGAGAAUACAAUCAAACAAGAAAAUGGUGUACAAGAAGAAAAAUUCAAAACUGAAGAAAGUAUAGAAUCGGUAAUUUCUGUUAAAGAAGAGAAUGAUUCCCAGUUAAAUACCGAAAGUCAGGAAAUAAGUAGUGCUUCUGAGGUCAAUUUUCAGUCAGAUAGUUCUGUUGUAAAACAGGAAGCUAAUGUUUGUAAUGUAAAAAAAGAAUCUGCUACUGAUGAAGUAAAGCAAGUAGUUGAAAAUUGCAUUCUCAAAAAAAUGGAAACUGACAAAAUCAUUACAUCUGGAACAGCCUUCUGGCCUGAAAAUUGGCGUAAAGAAUUGUGCCAUUGUUCCUCUUGCAUGGACAUGUAUCUUAAAUAUGAUUGUGAAUUUUUAUUAAAUCCAGAUGAUACAAUUCAGGCUUACGAAGAACGAGGGAAAGGCUGUGCAACUGAAAGCCAGUAUGACAAGGGGUUGUCUGCUCUAAGCCAAAUGGAUCGAGUUAAACAAAUGGAAGCAAUUCGUGCGUACACUUCAAUGAAGGGUCAGCUAAAAGAAUACCUGAAAGCAUUUGCUGAUAACAAGAGAACAGUAAGCGAAAAUGAUAUUAAAGAGUUUUUUGAAGGCAUUAGCAAACGUAAAAAACUUAACAAUGGUGUUCCUUAUUUUUGCCGCUGAGACAACUUUUGAAUACAGAUUUUAUUAUUCAAGGUUGUGUUUUUCAUUCCUCUUCACUGCAGAUUUACUAUUCAUCUCUUCUGUAAUUAUGUUAUAGUUGACAAAAACUGUUUCUUUCAUCAACAUUACACUAUAUAUGGAAAUCAUACUGUACUCUUUGAGAAGUUCUGUAACUUUCUAUGGUAACUUUUUCAUUAUAUAGAGUUGAUAACUGUUUAAGCUGUCUUUUAUACUUUUAUCAUAUGCUGUUGCUACAUCAGUUAUGACAACGUGUAUCAAUGUAUCUUAUUUGUGAAGUAUAAAAAUUUCUUUUAUUGUAGUUUUUAA